AUGUCUAAUUAAGGUACUUAAACAGAUGUUAUAAUUAUUGGCGCUGGUCUUUCAGGUCUGCUUGCUUUGAAGAAAAUAGUAGAAGAAGAUAAGACUAAAAAAGUUGAAUUAUACGAAGCUCUUGAUAGAGUAGGUGGGAGAGUUUACACUUAUGAGAAGUAGGGAUACAAAUUGGAUAAGGGAGCUUCUUGGAUUGGACCUACUUAAACUAGGAUGUAUGAUUUAGUGAAAGAAUACAAUUUAAAAACAACAGAGUAAUUCGAUGUUGGAAAUAAUAUAAUUUAUUUCAAAGGUUAAGACAAUUACUCAGAAUAUCUUUUUAUUCUGCUUGUGAUUGCUAAUCUGUACUCUCUUUUUACUUAAACUUGGUUUAUGGUUUCUAACAUACUAAUUGGAAGUAUAGCAUUGUAUAUUGUCUAUUUCAAGUUCCUUUGUGAUAAGAAGCUUAGAAUGAUAAAAAAAACUUACAAAGGAACCAUUCCUAGCAUAUCUUUGUAUAAUCUACUUUAGUUUGGUAUUUCAUAAUUCAAACUUGAUUAUCAUGCAAAGAAAAUCAAUUUAGAGGAUCCACACUCUUCUCCAAAUGCUAAAUAGUUUGACAGAAUGACUCUAAGAGAGUGGGCAAUGAGAGAGUUCAAGGGUGAAGAUAAUCCUGCAUAUAAAACAUUUCUUUGUGCCACUGAUACUAUUUUUGGAGUAGAUCUUAUGGAUCUUUCUGUGCUUCACACUUUAUUUUACAUAAAGACUGCUGGAAAUCUUGAUUUGCUUAUGAAUACAAGAGGAGGUGCUUAGUAAGAUAGAAUUGUUGGUGGUUCCUCCUAGGUUCCCUUAGCAGUACAAAAGUAGCUUAACUAAUAUAUUCACUUGUCUUCUCCUGUAACUAAAAUUGACAACAGUAAUCCAGAAAACAUAAUAGUAACUUUCGAAAAAGGAAAUACAAGAACAUGCAAAAGAGUUAUCAUAGCUGUUCCUCCUCAAGCUAUUUCGAAGACAAUUUAAAUCACAAACAUUCCUUAAGAAAAGGUGAAAAUGAUGAAAGCAAUGCAACAUGGCUAGCUAAUAAAAAUCUUUUGUGUUUUUAAAACACCUUUCUGGAGAGAUCAAGGUAAGACUGGUGCAGUUCUUUCUCCUGAAAUAUAGCCAAAUUUAAUUUAUGACGUAUCUAAUGAAUAAAAUGGCAUAUUACUUUCUUUCCUCAUUUAUCCUCAUUAGAAAGGAUACAGAGAUCUAUCUGAAGAUUUGAGAUAAGAAUUUAUUCUAUAUCACUUAGGCUAGUUCUUUGGUGAAAAAGAGAUAAGAGAAAACUUCCUUCUAUUUAGUGAUGACAAUUUCACUGAUGAAAAAUAUUAGCAAGGAUGUCCAGUAGGAGUUUUUGGAGUUGAUGGAUGGAAGUUGCAUGGUAAAUUUUGGAAGCAACCCAUCAAUAACAUUUUUUGGGCAGCCACUGAAACAUCAACUGUAUGGAAUGGUUACAUGGAAGGAGCAGUAAGAGCAGGAGAAAGAGCUGCAUAAGAAGUCUUAAAAUCUUUCUGA